AGGAGGGUGCGCAUAUACGUAUGUGUCUGUACAGUAUGUGUGCGUGUAAGUGUGUAUGUGUGUAUUUGUGCAGCUGUGUAUGAAACCAGCUCUGAGAGAAAGAGAGAGAGGGAGAGGGAGAGAGCUGUGUGGCAGUGUUGGGAAAAUCCAAGGUCAUUGGAGCUUGGUCACAUGUGCCGUGAGUGAGCGUGUGUGAGGCUGAGCGUGCAUUAAUGUGUGUGUCUGGCUAUGUGACAGAGACAGGGAGAGAGAGAGGGAGACAGAAAGAGACGCUUGAGGCAGAGAACAGGGAAUUUCAUCAGUGUUUCCAUCGAUGUAUGGUGUAUGUGGGUGCUGCGGGGCAUUGAGACCCCGAUACAAAAGGCUGGUGGAUAACAUCUUUCCAGAAGACCCAGAGGACGGCUUGGUGAAGGCUAACAUGGAGAAGCUCACCUUUUACGCCCUAUCUGCCCCAGAGAAGCUGGACCGCAUCGGCGCCUAUCUGUCAGAGAGACUCUCCAGAGAUGUUGCCCGCCACAGAUACGGGUAUGUGUGCAUCGCAAUGGAGGCUUUGGAUCAACUGCUGAUGGCCUGUCACUGCCAGAGCAUUAACCUGUUUGUGGAAAGCUUCCUCACCAUGGUGCGCAAACUACUGGAGGCCGACAAACCCAACCUACAAAUCCUUGGUACCAAUUCUUUUGUGAAGUUUGCCAAUAUUGAAGAGGACACGCCGUCUUACCACCGGAGCUAUGACUUCUUUGUUUCCCGCUUCAGUGAGAUGUGCCACUCCAGUUACGAAGAUCCAGAUAUUCGCACCAAGAUUCGCAUGGCAGGAAUCAGAGGUCUGCAGGGUGUGGUGAGGAAGACGGUGAAUGAUGAGUUACAGGCAAACAUCUGGGAUCCACAGCACAUGGACAAGAUUGUGCCAUCAUUACUGUUCAAUCUACAGCAGGAAGAGAUUACAGAGAGAUCACCCUCUCCUGAGACAGAGAAAGAAAAGGAGAGUCCAGUAGAGCUGACUGAGAGGUGUUUCAGAGAGCUGCUUGGUCGUGCUGCCUAUGGCAAUAAAAAUGCUGUUAAACCGGUCCUUAUGCACCUUGAUAAUCAUUCACUGUGGGAGGGAAAAACCUUCGCUGUGCGCUGUUUCAAAAUCAUCAUGUACUCUAUUCAGUCUCAGCAUUCACACCUGGUCAUCCAGCAGCUGCUUGGUCAUUUGGAUGCCAACAGUAAGAACUCAGCAACAGUGCGGGCUGGGAUAGUGGAGGUGAUCUCUGAAGCAGCAGUCAUAGAGGCCAGCGGCUCUAUUGGGCCGACGGUACUAGAGGUGUUUAACACCCUCCUAAAGCAGCUUCGGCUCAGUGUAGACUACGAGCUCACUGGCUCUUAUGAGUCCUGCUCCAGUGCAGGAAGCAAGGUCAUCAAAGUGCAUGAGGAGAGGCAGCUCCAGGAAGCUGUCAUCAAGACCAUAGGAUCAUUUGCCAACACUCUGCCCACGUAUCAGCGCUCAGAGGUCAUGCUAUUUAUCAUGGGCAAGAUUCCUGUGCCAGGGAUGUAUCCUGCACUAGGGUCUGCCAACACAGGGUUUGAGGGAAGCAGGAUGAUCCAGAUUAUGCUGCUGAAAUCUCUGCUGCAGGUGACAGCAGGUUUCCAGACUACAAACAUGCUGACAGCUCUGCCAAGCUCAUUCCUGGAUCCUCUGCUGUCGUUUACGCUGAUGGAGGAUGCUGAGAUCCGUCUACUCGUGCUUGACAUCCUCAUCAGCCUCAUCGAUCGCCAUGACAACCAGCUAAAGUUCUCCUCUCUUAGGGUGCUAACUGACAUCUCCGUGUUGAAGCUGAAAAUGGACAAGUGCUCACGGCAGGACAAUCUCUUCAUGAAGAAGCACGCUCAGAGGCUGUACCGCCACAUCUUCCUGGCCUCUAAAGAGGAGAACAGCAGCCAGGGGCACUUCGAGUCUCUCUACAUGCUACUGGGGCUGAUCUGUGUAGAGCUGGCCAAUGAGGAGGUGGUGGUGGACCUGAUUCGACUGGCUCUAGCACUGCAGGACCUGGCUUUGACUGACGAGUCUCUUCCAGUCUAUAAUCGUUGUGCCAUUCACGCCCUUUCAGCUGCAUAUUUGAACCUCAUCAGUCAACUGACCACCGUGCCCACCUUCUGUCAACAUGUCCAUGAGGUGAUUGAAGCAAGACAGAAAGAGCUUCCUUUCCUGUUGCCAGAGGAUGUCUUUGUUGAGACUCCAAAGCUUCCAGAGAAGUUGGAGAAGGUGGAAGGAGAGGUGCUGUUCUCGCAGGCUAAGAUAGCGGAGACGCUGGGUGGAAGCGGCUAUAACUCUGAAAGACUGGCCACUCUAUACAUCCCACAGCUCACAGAUGAAGACAGACUGUCAAAGAGAAAGAGUAUUGGGGACACCAUCUCUCUGCAGCUGGAGGUAGAGUCCAGACUCAGUCCAGAGAAAGAACAGAAAUCUCCAGCAGAGCAGAUCACGUUUGAAACCCUCAAACAAGCCAUUGCAGACAGUGUGAGUUUGGAGGAGCAGGAGAGGGAGCGCAGGAGGCAGGUCGUGGAGAGAUUUCAGACAGCUCCAUUUGAGGAGAUUGCGGCUCACUGUGGGGCCAGGGCUUCACUGUUACAGAGUAAACUCAACCAAAUCUUCGAAAUAACAAUCAGGCCUCCUCCUAGUCCAUCCGGUUCUGUCGGGAAUGGGCAUGGACAGAGUCGCUCUGUACCAGUCUACGAGAUGAAGUUCCCUGACCUCUGUGUGUACUGAAGCUGCGUCUAAAUCUUCCCAUGCCGCUACUCAUCAUCUUUAUCAUGUGUUCCCUUCCCAGGCGAAGAUGUCUUCUAAACUCUUAUUCUGAAUUAUAUAUUUUGCCUACUUUUGUUCAAGUGUGGUUAUGUUUGUCCAGUAUCCUGAAGCUUUUAGUAAGAAAGAAGAUGAAUCCCGAGCCAUGUGACAGAAUGUGCCUGUGUUUGGUUGCACUGGAAACAGAAAUGCACUAAUCAAUGGAAAUGACUUGCAUUGAAACUUUUUCAUAAGUAUCCAUUGAGAGCCAUUGACAAUACACUUGACUGUGAUAGAAGAGAAACAGACACUUCAGUGGCUAGCUAGAAUAGGCUAGGAUGAUGAUGAUGAUGACGAUGAUGAUGAUUUGUGGAUGAUAUUUCCAUUAUGCUGUUGUAUUUACUUGAUGUAAUAGAAUACCACUUACUUUUGCUAAUUCAGUGAGGGCAGUGACUGUAGCUGAGUCAUUCCAUAAAAAGGUCCCAUUUGUAUGUACAUUUGUAUAUAAAUAUAUAGUUUUAGGCAUUUUUACAUGUCUGCAUUGACAGCCACUGAAGUUCUGUCUCAAAUAUUUAAGUUAAUAUUUAUUACCAUCAAACCUUUGCCAUAACCAAAUGUGUAACCUUUUCACAUUAUCACAAAAUAUGGUAGUUAAAUAUGAAUACAUACAUUUUUAAGAAAUAUGUAAAACUUUAUUUGUGUCCAUGAGUUUUGCUAUCCACUCCAUGUUAAGCCUUGAAAAUAAUGGAUUAGCACUUUAAGUGAAAUCAUUUAAGCCUGUACGUUCAAAGGCUGAUAGGUUUUGUUUUUAUUUAGCAUUGAUAAUUGGUUGUUUUUUUCUGCAUCUUUGACAGGGUACAUCAAGCAACAUGUCUACCCCAUCAAACAAAAUAGAUAAUUUUUUUUUAUAAUAAAUGUAAUUAUUUCUUAAAAUUUUGAAAUGUUCAAAUUAAUGUUAAUGUGUCCAUGAUCAUGUGGAAUGACUCAGGCAGCUCGUAGUUUGCCCUCAGGUAGAGACACGGUGUGGCGGUACAGUAGUGCAGUUCUAGUGUGUAUGCCUGCAGUUACUUGUGCCGUGAACACCAAAUGAAGAAGCUGUUGGUUGGUAUUUGUACAAGAGACUGCCUUAAAGAAGAUUCAACUAUUGUGUGGUAAUAUGUUAGAUGUGUGUGUUUUAAUUUGUCUUUUCCACAGGUGUGGUACAUUUGUCAAUGUGUCAAUAAGGGUCAGUUUUAUUUGAACUGUAUGAAAAGGCACAUUACAGCGAGUAGGCAGGCACAUAUGUUUUCAUGCAUAUUUAAAAUGUCGAUGUUUUUUACACACUGCAAUAAAAUUUGUAUUAAGAAGCAAUAAGACUUAAGGCCAAACCAAUGGCCAAACAAAUGUGUGUUCUUUGGUUACUCUGGUGGUUUGGUGGUUUCUGAUCAACCACACUGAUUAAAGAAUGAUAGCUGAUAACAUGAACCAUGACAUCAACUGUACCUGGUAGUUUUACUAUACUGACAAAAACUACAGAAAAACAAUAAGGGGAUGUGUGUAAAUUAUAUUAUUUCUGUAACCAAUGACAGUUUUGGUUUUUGCUAAGUUGAAAAGCAGUGUGAAAAUAAGCUCAGAAACUGGCUAUUACUUUUCCUUCGUCCCUGUUCACCAAGUAAUUUAGCACCAUAGUUUAACAAAAUUCAUGUCAAAGUAGUCUUACUUAGUGCUUUUACACCUGCAGUGCAGUAUUUGCCUUGAUAUUGUUUUAUUUUUUUUCCUGUGUCAGUACACAUACUGUGUAUAGGGUACUACAACAUAGUAGAUUAUCUUUCCUGGAUCACAAUACAGAAUUCAAACUUGAGCAUUGUGUGUGUAUGUAUGCUGCAAAAUGCACUCUGUUUAAUGACUGUCCACUUUGACUUGUGACUUGUGAAUUUUAAUGUCUCUCACUUAUUAACCCAAAUGACAAUUUGCUUUCCUAUAGUGAAACAUAUGUAUACUGUAUUUUUGGUUGUUCAGUCAAUUUCCAAGGGGCAGUCAGUCUGUUCCUGUCACUGUCAGUGUAACCUGUUUGGCCAAAAUGUUGAAGGCAUAUGAUUCCUAAAUGUCUUUUGGUAUUAUUAUUAUUAUUAUUAUUAUUAUUAUUAAUUUCUUUUCUGUUGAAGUGGCACAUUGACUUACUUUUGUAAAAUAUUGUUUUUAAAAAAGUAAAAUAUUCAGAACAUUUCUCCCCACAGACACUAUUUUGUCCAUGGUGGGUAUAAUGUGAAGUUAAUCGAAAUAUUGCAAAUUGUUUACAUGUGAGGUGACCAAUGUGGUUUUGCAUGUAUGAGACAAAUAUCAGUAUAACUAAGUAUUUGUUCACUUUUAUUUUUGCCUUUUUCAAUCGCUGCAUGCCCAAAGUCUUGUUUGUCUUUGUCUUAAUUUGUCAGGGCAUUUGGAAGUGCAUUUCAAUCACUGUGAAGGGUAAUUUCGCUGUGUUCCAUGUUGUCUGUUAAAGGCAUUACCUGUCCCAAACAAUUCUUGAGAACACUUGUUUCCUUAAAGAGUAUAAUAUAUUGAUGUAAAUACAUGUUGUAAAGGCUAUAUAUGAAUAAUUAAAAUGUUAAUUUUAUGAAAUUAGUGGCUUGGCUUGUGUGUUUGGCAUUUUACUGGCAACUGGCAUGUGGUUAAAAACAUUGUCAAUAUUGUAAAAUAUUUUGGCAUCUUUUCAACUCCAAAGAAUCAGAUUGUCGAUUUGUGCUUGAAAUAUAAUUGUUUUAUGGUCAGCAUUUUCAUAUUUUACAAUAUCGUACAUGUUCAUAAAUAAAAUAAAAAUGCUUCACCUAAAAAUGCUAUGACCAACAUUUAAUCACCACAGCAUUUCUAUGUACAAUAGUAAGUAUUUAUUGUUGAUUACAUUGUAAAUGUACUGCUGGCUACAAGAACGAAGUGCUAUUGGUUGACAAAGCCCCACCAGUUUCUUCUGAAUCUACCUUUUGCUGUCUGAUAUGCCUACUUUUCAAAGAAUUUAAGGGGAAAAAAAGCAAGU